GCAGGUGUAUUCCCGUUCUCCCGGAGGGGGCGGGACAAUACAUUACAGGAAAGACACUUCAUGCAACUUUUGCGGCACACGCCCACCGUCGUGCGCACACUUUUCCCCGGUCUGUGUGCAGUUGACAGCUGCAUAAUCACGCCUCAUUGAAACUCAUGAUUUCCACAUCAGCGAUUCUUAGGGGGACACGAGCACUUCACGGCAGUAGACCCCUUCAUACGACAUUGGCUGCCAAUAUGCCAAUCAAGGUUGGAGAGCGACUCCCUUCUGUGGAGCUGCAGGAGGGAGACCCGGGGAAGAAGGUGUCCUUGGACCAGCUCUUCGAGGGGAAGAAGGGAGUGCUGUUUGCUGUCCCGGGAGCUUUCACCCCAGGGUGCUCCAAGACCCACCUCCCUGGGUUUGUGGAGCAGGCAGAACAGCUGCGGAGCAAGGGGGUGCAGGAGGUGGCCUGCGUCUCCGUCAACGACGCCUUCGUCAUGGCUGCCUGGGGGAAGGAACAUGGCACCGAAGGCAAGGUGCGAAUGCUGGCUGACCCCACUGGAGCGUUCACUACGGCUGUGGAUUUAUUACUGGACAGUGAACAACUAGUGCAAGUCCUAGGCAACAAGAGAUCCAAAAGGUAUGCCAUGCUGGUGGAAGAUGGGGUGGUGAAGAAGAUAAAUGUGGAACCUGAUGGGACAGGCCUGACCUGCAGCCUGGCCUCCAACAUCCUGUCUGAGCUGGCCUAGAGAAGUUCAGACAAGGUCAACCAGGUUACACCACAAAUACCCACACCAAACAAAGUGUUACAGUACUGCUUACAAAGGCAACAUAAUAGUAUAAUGGCCAAUCCUGGUUCUGUAAAAGUAAGUUCUUUCAAGAUAAAAGUUCGUUUAUUCAUGGCGUGCUCCCUUCUGCUGUCUGUAGUGACAAUAUGCAUUACAGUUUGACAACGUCGUUGUGAUAGUCAAAAGUUGUGAAGCAUCUAAGAAGCCUCUGAGGUCAGUGUGAGGGAACCUGCUUCUCCUUUUCUCACAAAGGUUGAUUUACAUCUGCUUAGAGUCCAAGCUUUAUGAAACCGUGACACCAUAAGCCAUGGCAACAGUACUUAUUUGCCUCAUCACUACUUCUUAGGUCUUCUUAAGACCAGGUUUGGCUAUGCCUACCUGAGUAUAUGCUUGUGUUGUGGAACCCAGUCUUAAGAUAACCACAUGUUCUGUACUGUAGAAUACAUAUAUGCACAAGAUUGGCACAGUUGCACUAUGACACACUGUACUGCCAAUAUUUAAUACAAUGUUUACCUUUACAAAAUACAAAUAAACUGUUACAGCAAUAAA